AGCUGUUCUCUUGACACGAUAUUCGCACAGAGAAGCGCAUAAUGCCAUGGUCAGCUCCAAGUCCACUUGCUCGCAUUAUUCAUGCAAGUCUCGUCCUGUCCUUUUCCUCACCGCAUUCUUUUGCUCACAUCCUAUGCCAAGUUGUUUCUCUUACCCCAACAUCUUCACGUUACUUGACUUGCAUCGUCUCCCGAUUUCUAUCUAAACCCGCGGUUUUUAUCUGUCCAUCUCGGCCGAUUCCGCUUAAGUGGUAGACUCCACACUAGAUGUGCUGGCCAUCAACUGCAUGACACUUUUCGGGACCGGAUGAUCCGCAUUCAAAACCGGCUGUACUUGGACAAUAAUGUCCCAUGCCUUUAAAGGGUUCCCGGUAAUUGAUUCCCGUCAGCCUUGCAUCGUGGCAAUUGAACGCCUUUCUGUUGUGUCCGGGGCAGCCGGUCACAGAGGUCUUGUGACUUGCGGGCGUGACAGCGACCGUUCCUG